GAGAUCCAACAUGACAGUGUUUUUUCCAUUGUUGCUGCUAAUCUGCACGCUCUCUACAGUUCAACUUGAAAUAAACUCUGACAGCAAAAUUAUUCCACUUUUAAAUCAGGGAAUGGAAACAGCACAAACCUCUGACCCUGAGCAAACAUGUAAACCUGACAUCAAUUCUGUUCUGAGAGAGAUGAGUGCCUUGUUGGCUGAACUGAAAGCAGAGAUUAGACACUUACAGAAAGAGAAUGAAGCACAGGCAGCUAAGGUCAGAGAACUGGAGUUACAAAAGACGGAGUUGGACAAGCUGAAAGAACAGCACGAAGCACAAGCAGCUAAGGUGAAAGAAUUGGAGUUGCUAAGGGCAGAAAUGGAUAAGCUGAAGCAAGAGAGCCAAGCACAAGGAGGAGAGCUAAUCACCAUUAAAAGUAGGGCAAACAUCACAGAAAACCAGGUGGAGGUCCUGAAGAGAGAAGCAGAAGUCAAACGUGUGGCUUUCUCAGCCUCUCUGUUAGGCACAGGCUCACAAAAUAUUGGACCAUUUAACACAUACAUGCCUCUGGUCUUCAAAUAUGUUGUUUCCAAUAUUGGAAAUGCCUAUAAUUCACACACAGGUUCCUUCACUGCACCAGUAAGAGGAGCGUACCACUUUGAAUUUUAUGUAUAUGGACAUCAUUCACAUCCUUCAGGGGCUGUGUUGGUCAAGAAUGGAGAGCACGUCUUUGUUGCAUACGAACAUUCGAGCAGUCCUCAUUCAGUCAGUUCUUCUAAUGGUGUCACAUUGCUACUAGAGGUAGGAGAUGUGGUGUUUUUGCGACUGUGGAAUGGCGCUUGGAUUUUUGACAAUGAAAAUCGGCACAGCACGUUCAGUGGACAUCUGCUUUUCCCCAUGUGAGAAGAAAAACAGCCUAAGAUAUCUGUGCAAGCACACUCUACCAGUGUAUUAGUUACUCUGCAUUUUUUCUAGAUAUGAAGCUGACUGAGCAGCCACAAGUAUGAAUAUGUAAACUAUCAUCAUGUUUUCUUACUUUGUUUAGCCUUUUAUUUAAUUGUUGGCAAAUUUUGUUUUUUAAAAAGAGAGAUUGGGUUAAAUGUUUUCUUUUGCUUUUGCUUCUUCUUCUACUUUUUUAAAAAAGUUGAAUAGUAUCAGACCCACUUAAACACAAAUUACGCACAUGUAAAUACCUUGUGAUUUAUAAAACCAUGUUAAUAUAGCACGAUCUAUUUCCUUAGAAAGCAAAGACAGAAAGAAAGCUAGACAUUACUGUAACUGUAACUGUUUUAAUCCUUUGCUUGUCAAUUUACAGUCAAUUAAACAAAUAGCUAACUUUA